AUGAAGAACUCAUUUGGGGCGUUGAGCCUUUUGGCUCUCGCGCGCUUCGCCGCUGCCAACCCGCAGUGCCAGAGCUUGACGUCAGCCUUUCCUAGCUGUGCCCUGUCUUGCGUCAAGAGCGCCGCUUCUCAGGUUGGCUGCACCAACAGCGAGGACCUUGGCUGCCAAUGCACGCCUGCCAGUUCACAGGCCAUCCUCGCCACCGCCCAGGGCUGUGUGAUCGGAUGCGGCAUUGAACAGGCCCUGCCGGCCAUCGACGCCGGAUCAGCCAUCUGUGCUUGUCUCGCGACUGCCACGCCCUCAUCGGCUUCAGCGUCUCCGACGUCCCAGACCACUCCUACGAACUCUUCCGUUCCGCCCGAGGUGACGUCAAAGCCGCCGCAUCAUUCAGACUCUUCCACGCCGCCCCAAGAGACCUCCAAGGAACCUUCUCAGCCUCCUAAGCAAACAGGCUCGUCACUACCCAGCCAGACUUCCGAGGCGCCUCAUUCCGAGACUACUCAAGCACCGAUAGUCUCGGAAUCAUCAAAGGAGAGCGCCAAGCCCGUUACAAGCCGCCCCGGCGAGACUUGUGAUGCGGCAUCCCCCUGCCAGAAGAACGCCGAUGCUGUUCCGCAAUGUGCAAAGGCUUGUAUCGAGAAGGCCGCGGUUUCGGCGGCCAAGUGCGACAAGGCCGACUUUGCCUGCCAGUGCAAAGCUAUCGAUGUUAUUCAAAACGCCGCCUUUGAUUGUGUGGUCUCUGGCUGCGGCAUCACGACCGGACUCGAAGUGAUUCCGGCCGUGUCCGCUCUCUGCUCCUGCGUCUCGGCCAACCCUACUACGCCCUGCUCCAGCCGUCCCCCCCCUACGGGAUCCAGCGAGCCCGCCACAACCCCCAAGGGGACUGAGACCUCUCCCGCCAGCGUCACGUCCGCGCCGGGCGGCACGACGGAGGCCCCUUGCGUGCCCGGGACUGCGUCUGACUGCGGAGCCAUCGCCACGUCUGCCGUGCCCAGCUGCGCGCAAAAGUGCUUCAGCUCAUACGUCCCCAAGAUUGGCUGCGACGUGAACAACUAUGCCUGCCAAUGCCAGCCUGCCGCCCAGGAGAGCCUGACCCAGCUGCUCGUCCCGUGCGUCGCGACUGAAUGCCCUCCCGAGGCCAUCCCGUCCGUCAUUCAAGGCGCGAGCCAAGUCUGCGCUUGCGCCACGGCCCCGCCGUCCGGCGGCGACUGCACGGCCUCCGAGGGGCCUGGUCCAAUUCUUACCAAGACGGAGACCAAUGUUGCCACCGUGACGUCUUGCGAGGAGACAGAGACGCCUGAGCCGUCCAAGCCCACGGAUGUUCCCACGCGCAGCCCGUGCGAGCCCGGCAAUGGAUCUGACUGCGGCGGACACUCGAAGCCGACGGAGCCCAAGCCUCCGGUCAGCGAGCAGCCGACUGCAAGCUACAGUGAGGUCGGCCCCGAGCCUUCCUGCAGCGACGAGCAGCCAACGGGACUCCCUAGCGAAAGCCCUCGAGUUCCGUGCAACGGGAAGCCUGGUUGUGGCGGCGGCGAGCAGCUUCAGCCUUCCGAAAGUGGUCGGCCUACGGGCGGCAACCCGGUUGCUCCUCAACCUCGGCCGAUCGAGACGCAGCCCGGCAACCCUCAGCCUUCUUGCCAUGGCAAGCCCAACUGCGGCGGCGAUCAUGUCGUUCCCCAGCCGCCAGCGGUCGAGAAGCCCACAGGCGGCGACAGCGGCAAGCCAGUUGCUCCUCAGCCUAUCGAGACUCAGCCCAGCAGCCCUCAGUAUCCUUGCCAGGGCAAGCUCAACUGCGCUGGCGAUCAUGUUGCUCCCCAGCCACCCGCAGUCGAGAAGCCCACGGGCGGCGACAGCGGCAAGCCAACUGUUCCUCAGCCCAUCGAAACGCAGCCUAGCAGCCCUUGCCAUGGCAAGCCUAACUGCGGCAGUGAGCAUGUCGUUCCCCAGCCGCCAGCUGUUGAGCAACCCACGGGCGGCGACAGUGGCAAACCACCGCCCGCAGUCGAGAAGCCCGCAGGUGGCAACAGCGGCAAGCCAGUGGCCCCUCAGCCCAUCGAGACGCAGCCCAGCAGCCCUUGCCAGGGCAAGCCCAACUGCGGUGGCGACGAGGGCGCCCCCAAGCCUUCUCAAGGCGGCAGCCCGACGGGCGCUCAGCCAUCGGGCGGCGAGACGGCUCCUGCCGUGGUCGUGGCGGGCUCUGCCGGCCGGUACGAGAUUAGCCUGAUGGCAUGCGUUUUUGGCGCUUUCUGGGCGAUGGUCGUUGCUCUCUGA